AUGCUGGGGCAUUUUAAGGACAUCAGCAUUGUAGCUCCACGAGGCAACCAUGACCUUCAGUUCUUCCCAAGUGGGCUCCAGUUGCGGGGCAAGAGCCAAACCUACCUCAUCAAGUGGACCAGCAUCAGACGGAUCUUCUGCGUUGACAUGCCAGACGGUGCCCAGAAGAUGCUGGUGCUCGGUCUUUCUCAGCCGUUGCGAAACGGGAACAUGCAGUACAGUUUGAUCGGCAUGAAGAUUGCCACUUCUGCAGUGGUUGACACUGCCACGGCCGUUCCUCAGGCAGCUUGGGACGCCGCCAAGAGCAAGGGCCUGCAGAAGUCUCGAGACAACCUGCCGCCUUGCCAGGAUGAGGAGGCGCAUUUUGUUGUGGCGUCUCUUCUCAAGGACACGUGA